UAUUCAGAGACUUGGGACACACACCCUCUCGAUUGCUUGUAACCCAUACUAUGAGCACUUAGGUGCGAGAUAAUACAAGCCUCCCUCCCCCGCUGGAAAUAGGGCCUUCUCUUGCCCGAACCGAUAAAAAUCUUGACUUCUUGCAUCACCGAUCCGGACAGGGACACGCAGCACAAAUUUACUGGUCGGUUAGGACCCCCGGUUUCCAAAACACCGACACUAUCUAUAUAUAUAUGAAAGAUUCAUCAGGGGAAACAUCCAUCCAUUCUUCAUUUCCUGGUACAUAACACUGAACACGCCAACCCGAGACCACAACGAGCCUAAGGGCACCUUUGGUAGCCCGGGAUCCCAGGAGAAUCCUGGCUCAUUCCCUGGCCUCCAAACCCACGCGCUAAAUUAUCCCAGAGCGAGAAAAAAUAUGUUUGGUGACCCAACUCCUCGGCCCAAUCCGCGGGAGAGAACAGGGCUUUCGCCCCCGGCCUCACAAGGUCGGGAAGGGUUUCCCCAAACUCACCCUCUCCACUCUCGCGCACCCGCCGCCGCUUCCUCUCUCUCGCGCACCCGUCGUCGCCUCCUCUCCCUCGCGCAGUCAACAGUCAGCAGACCCCUGCACCGCUGACCGGCCCCUCCCCCUCGCGCGCCGUCAGCAGACCCCUGCGCCGCUGACCGGCCGGUGACAGGUGCGCUAGCUUUGACAGACCCGGACCUUAGCUAGCUGCAUAAGAAAGAAAAAUAUUGGGAGCGCCCCCAUAUCCAUGAUCCAUCCGUCCAUAUCGCGUGCGUCUCUAGCGUGUGACGCUUGUUGAUUGCAGUAAUUAUGUAAGCACUUGUCCAUGAAAAGCACGCACUUAAUUGUCCAGCUAGCUUUGUCGAUGGACAGUGUCACACGCGCGCACCUCAUGUACCUUAAUUAUUUGUUUUGAUCGGUCUAUAAAAUAAACAAAGAAUCAUUAGCAAUUAUGUAAGCACUUGCUUGUGGAUUCCAGUAAUUAUGUCAUAUACGAUAGAAACCUGUGAGAUAUGUCACAUAUAUGCUUGUUGUUUGAAAUACUAACAGCACAAUGCAUUUACUAGUUCUGCUCCCCUUCUAUUCUUCCUAUUGAAUGUUGCCCCCUUCUGUUUGUCCUCUUCAAACUCAGAUCAGCAAAGCUUCUGUUUUAAUACUAGGAGCAUAUUAUAAUAUACUGUAUGGAUUAGUAAUGCUUUCUUAUGUGCUUAAAUUUCAUUUCUUGUUAUUUAAUUUAAUAGGGAAAAUAACAAUCUUUGAACCUCUACUGCAUUUCUUGUUAUUUAAUACGCAUGUACAGGUCUGUAUGAUUUCAUAUCUAGCUUGCAUCGGCGAACAAGGUUGAUGCUGACAGGUGACAGGUUGCCUUGCUAUUGAUGCUGAGAUUGCUGCCCUUCACUUCCUUAGUGCACAGGGAUACUAACAAAUGGGUUCUAGAAUUGAGUUGAUAAGGAAACAUUUGAAACAGGAGGAGGAGGAUGAUGAGUUAUUUUUUGUGUUAGUUCCAGCUAUAUAUGCUUCCCUUUAUUCUGAAAAGAGGCCAGUACACACUUCUUGUCAUAGUGGUGCACAAAAAAUUAGAGAAAUGCUCGAUGGUCAUGAGAGCUGGUGCAAAUCUGAGUUUCGAAUGGAGCCGGAGAUCUUUAGAGCUGUAGCAAGCUAUCUUAUAAGGGAAGGAUUGUUGCAAGACACUUCAAAUAUGAGCAUUGAGGAGCAUCUUGGGAUAUUCAUGUACAUGAUAUCUCAAAAUGCUAGCAAUGCGAUCUUACAAAAAGAAUUUCAGCAUAGCGGGGAAACCAUACAUAGAAAGAUAAGCGAGUUCUUUGGUAUAAUCCCUGCUCUAACUCAAAGAUUUGUGAAGCUCCCAAGUGUAAACCACCCACAUGUGAAGAUUACAUCCAAUCCUCGGUUUUGGCCUUACUUUCAAAAUUGCAUUGGUGCAAUUGAUGGGACACACGUCCCCAUAACUAUUAGUGAAGAGAGAGCCCCUCCAUUUAGAAAUCGAAAAGGAACCCUUUCUCAAAACGUGAUGUUGGCGUGCAACUUCGAUUUGAAUUUCACAUUCAUCUCAUGUGGGUGGGAAUGGUCCGCAUCUGAUGCGGGGGUUCUUCAAUCGGCUUUAAGAAAGGGUUUCAGAGUGCCAGAUGGUAAAUACUAUCUUGUAGAUGGGGGAUAUGCAAACACUCCUUUUAUUGCCCCAUAUCGAGGAGUUUCUUACCAUCUCAGUGAAUAUCGGAGGCGAGGGUCGAGUACUGUAUAUGCUGAUUAUAAGGAGUUAUUUAAUCAUUCUCAUGCCCUCCUUCGCAACCACAUAGAAAGGUCCAUCGGUGUCUUGAAGAAGCGAUUUCCCAUCCUCAAAGUGGGCACCUUUUAUCCCGUAGAGACUCAGGUUUUGAUUCCAUCAGCAGCAGUUUCAUUUCAUAACAUGAUUAGAGGUUUAAAUGGUGAAGAUGGAUGGUUGGAUCAACACCCAACUAACAUCAAUUCUAGUCAAUUUGUUGAAUUACCAGAGGGAGAUAGCAAUUAUCAGUAUAGUAGUCAGUCCAAUGCUGGAAAUGUUCUUAGAGAUCAAAUUGCUAUGCAGAUGUGGAAUGAUUAUAAUAAUCAUUAG